AUGUUUCGUAUGGCUGACCGGCAGAGAAGUUUCUUACUUUUUUCUUUCUUUAAUUAUUUAUAUUUUCUUUCUUUCUUUCUUCCUUUCUUUCUUUCUUUCGUUCUUUCUUUGUAUUUCCCAAUAUUCAUUUGUAUUUUUCCUGACCCUUUCUUUUUUUUCUUUUUUUCUUUAUUUCUUUGUUUCUUAAUAUUUUCCAUUAUUCUUUUUUAUUAUUCCUCCAUCUUUUCUUCUUUUUUGUUACUUUCUUCUUUUGUACUUUCUUUCUUUUUUUCUUUUUUUCUUUCUUUCUUUCUUUCUUUCUUUCUUUCUUUCUUUCUUUCUUUCUGUCUUAAUAUUUCACGCUAUUCGCUUUUAUUAUUCCUCGCACUUUCGUUCUUUUUUCCUCCUUUCUUUCUUUCUUUCUUUCUUUCUUUCUUAAUAUUUCACGCUAUUCGCUUUUAUUAUUCCUCGCACUUUCAUUCUUCUAUCUUUCUUUCUUUCUUUCUUUCUUUCUUUCUUUCUUUCUUUCUUUCUUUCUGUCUUAAUAUUUCACGCUAUUCGCUUUUAUUAUUCCUCGCACUUACAUUCUUCUAUCUUUCUUUCUUUCUUUCUUUCUUUCUUUCUUUCUUUCUUUCUUUCUUUCUUUCUGUCUUAAUAUUUCACGCUAUUCGCUUUUAUUAUUCCUCUCACUUUUUCUUUUUUUCCUCCUUUCUUUCUUUCUUUCUUUCUUUCUUUCUUUCUUUCUUUCUUUCUUUCUUAAUAUUUCACGCUAUUCGCUUUUAUUAUUCCUCGCACUUUCAUUCUUCUAUCUUUCUUUCUUUCUUUCUUUCUUUCUUUCUUUCUUUCUUUCUUUCUUUCUGUCUUAAUAUUUCACGCUAUUCGCUUUUAUUAUUCCUCGCACUUACAUUCUUCUAUCUUUCUUUCUUUCUUUCUUUCUUUCUUUCUUUCUUUCUUUCUUUCUUAAUAUUUCACGCUAUUCGCUUUUAUUAUUCCUCGCACUUUCGUUCUUUUUUCCUCCUUUCUUUCUUUUUCUUUCUUUCUUUCUUUCUUUCUUUCUUUCUUUCUUUCUUUCUUAAUAUUUCACGCUAUUCGCUUUUAUUAUUCCUCGCACUUUCAUUCUUCUAUCUUUCUUUCUUUCUUUCUUUCUUUCUUUCUUUCUUUCUUUCUUUCUUUCUUUCUUUCUUUUGUAAUAUUUCCCACUAUUGUUUCUCACGCUUUCUCCCUACAAAACGUUUCCUUUGA